AUGGCUGGUUACACGGCAGCCCCGGACGAAGACUAUGAUGUUCUCAUCGAGGGUGAUCUGAGUGGCAGCGACACAGAACAAUGUGACAAAUACGAUGCCAGGGUUCUCUCGGCUCAGCUGCUGCCAGAGUUGUACUCCAUCGUGUUCAUGGUCUGUCUUCUGGGCAACCUCUUUGUUAUCUUGGUAAAAUAUAAAGGACUCAAAUAUGUAGAGAAUAUUUAUUUCCUAAACUUGGCCUUUUCCAAUUUGUUGUUCUCCCUUACCCUGCCAUUCUGGGCUUACACUGCGUCUGCUGGGGGGAGCCUCGGAGACACCAUGCAUACAAUUCUCAUCGGUGUCAGCGCCGUAGGUUUGUACAGUGAGGUGUGUUUCAAUGUGCUUCUGACAGUGCACAGGUACCUGGUGCAAAGUCCUUCGCCGACACCCUGUACAGCGUCCUGCGGCAUCCUUACCAGUGUCCUGCCGUGGACAAUGGCUUUUCUGAUGAGUUUGCCUGAGUGCAUAAUUUACAGACCUCAGAUGGGAGGACAGGAAAACAAGUACUCAUUUAGCAUACCUCAUUUUCUGCCAGCUGCUGAGAAAUCCUGGAAGCAUUUUCUGACCUUAAAGAUGAACGUUUUGGGACUUUUGUUUCCACUGUUUAUUUUUAUAUUUUGCUAUGUGCGAAUGAGACGAAGACUAACGUGCAGGGACAACGAGAAUGGCCUUUUCAAGCUUGUUUUUGCCAUCAUGGCUGUCUUCCUUCUGAUGUGGGCACCCUACAAUGUUGUACUUUUCCUGUCUGCUUUCAAACAAGACUUCUCCCUGGAUGACUGCAAGAGCACCUAUGGCCUGGACCAGGGCAUUCAGAUAACGGAAAUUGUUGCCGCCACCCACUGCUUCGUCAACCCUCUUCUCCACGUGUUUUUUGACCAGGACUUUCGGAGACACCUGGGCCAUCUGCUCCACCUGAGUAAUAACACAUCGCUGCAACCCGGGAAGGAAUCUGGCCAAGAUGCAUUAGGGGAACAACCCGAGUCUUCCACUCAAGUAUGAACCAGCUUCCAUUAAAGGCAUGAAAAAUAACAUUGACUUUU